AUGGCUAGCAUCAUUGCACGUGUGGGUAAGAGCCGGCGGCAGAACACACCCUUGCCACCUUGGGCCCAUUCCAUGUUGAGGUCCCUAGGGAGGAGUCUUGGUCCUUUAAGGGUCAAUAUGGCAGAAAGAAACAGGAAGUUGUUCUCGGGGAGGGUGGUGCCAGCCCAAGGGGAAUAAACCUUUGAAAACUGGCUGACCCAAGUCAAUGGGGUCCUACCAGAUUGGAAUAUGUCUGAGGAGGAAAAGCUCAAGCGCUUGAUGAAAACCCUGAGGGGCCCCGCGCGGGAGGUCAUGCGUUUGCUGCAGGCGGCCAACCCCAACCUAAGUGUGGCAGAUUUCUUGCGUGCCAUGAAAUUGGUGUUUGGGGAGUCUGAAAGCAGUGUGACCGCUCAUGGUAGAUUUUUUAACACUCUGCAGGCACAAGGGGAGAAAACCUCCCUUUAUGUGAUCCGUUUAGAGAUGCAGCUCCAGAAUGCUAUUCAGGCGGGGAUCAUAGCUGAGAAAGAUACAAACCAGACUCGCCUGCACCAGCUCCUUUUAGGGGCUGAGCUGAAUGGGGACCUGCGCUUCAGGCUGAAGCAUCUUCUCAGGAUGUAUGCAAAUGAUCUGGAGCGGCUUCCCAAUCUCCUGGAGUUAAUCAAGAUGAUAAGGGAGGAAGAGGAUUGGGAUGACACUUUUAUGAAACGGAAGCGGCCCAAAAGAUCUGAGCUAAUCAUGGAGAGGGCAGCAAGCCCUGUGGCAUUUCAGGGCCCCCAGCCAAUAGCCAUCAGCACUGCUGAUUGCGAUGUGAUAGAGGGAGAUGAUACCCUCAGUGACUCAGAUGAGGAUGUGAUCCUGGUAGAGUCUCAGAACCCUCCACUUACAUCCAUAGGUGCCCCUCCCCUCAGAGUCAGGGCCAGACUUCAGGCUCAAAUACUGGUCAUCAAUUCCCUAAAGAGUUCCCAGGCUCAAUCUCCUUCUACCAGUGGUGGUUCUGCAUAUAAGAAUGAUGGUCCUGGGGAUAUACGUAGAGGCAGGAAGAGAAAAUAUACAGCCCGCUGUUCAUACUGUGGUGAGGAGGGCCACUCAAAGGAAACCUGUGACAAUGAGAGCAACAAGGCCCAGGUGUUUGAGAAUGUGAUCAUCACCCUGAAGGAGCUGACACAUACAGAGGAGGAGAAGUCGAAAGAGGUCCCUGGUGAACACAGUGACCUCUCUGAGCCACAGUAAGGAGCUAGACCCAGCCCUAAGUGAACCCUUAACUGUAUUCAGAGACUGGUGAUGGGGAAAACAGGGGAGGGGGUGGGGGAGGCUUCUAUGUGCAUGAAUUAAUCCACAAAGUGACUUCCAU